GAUCAGUCAAUUCUGAAUGUUGCUUCUUUAACAAGUUUAUCGUCGAUCUCUUUAUAAAAUAAAUUCCUUCUUAUUCGUUUUUUUCAUUCUUUUUCACAGUUUUUGCGACGAUGUCUCUAAAGUGUUUCGAUUAGAUAAGACUCUAGGUUCAUAGUGCGAUCGAGAUGCAGUCCACAUAAGAGACCGAGAUUUCACAGAAUCCGAGUCAGUUAAAUAUCACACGUACCGUCAAAUCUCUAUUCUUAUGGAUUAUUCCCAAAAAGUGUAAGAAGGAUUUUUUUGUUGUUGUUUGUUUGCUCAUUAAAAUUUUAUUUGCUCGUGAAUUUAUUUUAAAAACACGUGUGCAAUCAAUAAUGUACCCGCGAGAGAAUUUGGACUCACAACCUUGUCAACGAUAAAAAAAAAAAAUAAUAAUAAUCAUUUUAUCAACUUGCAUACCUUAUUUAAUAUAAUCAGAAUUGAUUUUUGAUUACUACCUGCAGUCUUAUUUAUUUGUAGACUUUUUUUUCAAAAGACAAAUUGAAAAGUGCGCUAAAUGGAAUAGAAUUUACGGAUUCGAAUUAUUAUCAUCCCAAGAUGCCGGCUUGUUCGAGUGAAAAUUAUCCUCGAUUUUGGAGUCCACCUCCGUCAAGGAGUUGCAGUGCGUCACCAUCAUUGCCAAGUUCGCCGUUAUCAAAAUCACCGCCUUCAAGUUUGGAGCAUUUACCCUCGAUUCCUAGCGUUAAAGAAUCAAAUUCUUCGAAUAGUGAAAAUUUUGGAAGAUUAAAUAAUUCGAUGAUUAGACAACAACAAUUGAACAAGGUGAAGAAUAAUCAAGAGGCAAAGGCAAUUCUACCGAGAAUUUUAUCAAAAAUUUUCUCCUGGUAUUUGGGACUAAUAACCAGUAUUUUUCAGGGAAUUUUCAAUGCCAUGAGUUUUGGUAUAUGGGCACCGGGUUUAUGGGCAUCGGCCUGGGUUUGUCUCUUUUGGAUAAUGCUCCAAUUGCCAUUGACAAUAUUAAAAUGGUUUAUUACAAUUUUACAUACACCGGCAUCGGAGCGUUCGCGUAAUAAAAGAUGUGUUUUAAUCAGUGGUGGAAGUACUGUUCAAGCUGUUCGUUUGGCGCAAAAUUUCUACAAGGCAGGUGCUCGUGUUGUUGUGUUCGAUUUAGAGGGUCUUUUUGCAUUGGCUAAAUAUUCGACGGCAUGUUCGAAAUAUUAUACGGUGCCUAGGCCGGGACCUGGUAGUGCUGCGGAAUAUGUCAAGUCAUUGAAGGAUAUUGUCCAGAAGGAGAGAGCGGCAUAUUAUAUUCCAGUUUGUGCGACGAAUGCGGCUUAUUAUGAUGCACUUGCGAAACAAUAUUUGGAGAUAAUGGGUUGCGAGUGCUUUGUACCGGGAGCUGCUGAGGUGACUGUUUUAGAUGAUCCAUUGGAAUUGAUGAGACGUUGUCGAUCAUUGGGUCUAUCGACACCAACGAAUUUUCUCCUUCGUAAUGAAAACGAUGUGACUUGUUUAUAUGAGACAGGAAGUUUAAGGACAGGAAGGCAUGUGAUGCUAGCGGCUGGACCCGCUGGCAUGAGGGACAGAACGAAAAUCACACUUCCGCCCACUGUUCGUGAAUUUCGUCAUCGGGAGCAUGAGAUUAGUGAAAGAAGACCUUGGAUGGUGAUUCGUGAUCCAGGUGGCAGUCACUUUAUCACUUGUACAACAAUUAAAGAUUCAAAAGUCAUUGCCAACAUCACUUGUCGUGUGGACGAAGCAAAGGGUCUUAUUCCCGAGGAGAGAAUUGAUGUCAAUCAAUGGUUAGAGAGAUUUUUCACAAGAACUUUUGGAACUCGUAUCAAUGGUCAUUUGAGUUUUCGAUUGGCAAUUUCCCGUGAAUCUGGAGAACUUGUUUCAAUUGGAUGUCGAGUGGGCAUUGGUUUGCCAUAUAUUUGUCACACCAGUGUACAUCCACGUUUAGUUUGGAGGCCCUGUAAACAUUUUUCGAGACAUAAUUCAGGACCACUUGUUAUUGGUGAGAGGGCUGCUGCUGCUGCUGCUCCAAAUCCAGAGGCUCUUGCCACUGCAUUAAAGAAUUCAUCAGCUGAAAGUACUUCAUCCCAAUUAUUGGGCAAUGUUCUCGAUAAAAGACAAGCACUUUUUGUUUAUUGGGAUCCUUUGCCCUAUUGCGCAUAUUAUUAUCUUCAAUUGCCAUUUAGACGCGUUGCCGGUGUCAUCAGAGCCCAACCUGGUAAACAUAAUCCACCACUCGCGGUUGUGCGAUAAUUUUUUUUUUUCCCCAAAGUUCUUUGAGAACAAUAAAAAUUGUUGUGCACUUUAAAAUUCAUCAGACAUUUUAACAAAUUUUCAUUAAUUCACCCAGUAACUGGAAUAUUUUUUAUGGACAAAAACUUAAUGUCUCCAUGUCACUAGAAAUAUUUUUGUUUUUCAAAAAAAAAAAAAAAAAAACUAGAGACGUGCCCAGUUAGCAUAUAAUCUUGAAAAGCUUGCCACAAACUCAAAAUUCAAUAUUUCUGCAUGUUUACAUGACAAUUUUAAACUUUGCAGCAAAUAUUGCAAAAGCAAACUUCCACGACAAGCUCGCUGCAAGGUUACAUAUGCUAUCUUGGUGUGUAUAAAAUCAUUUUUGAAAUAUAACAAUUUUCAAAUUAUUUUUAAGAAACCUUGUAAAUAUCAUUUUAAACAUAGAAAAAAAAAUUGUAUUUAAAAAAAAGUUCGGCAUUGAUAAGUUUUUUUUUCUUCCAUACAUCAAAUUUUUUUUUUUCGCUGAAUUUCUCACUUUAAAAAGUAAUAUAGUUUCUCAUCAAUAUUUUUAAUUAUAUCUAAUUUUCUUAAAUGCUCACGUUUUCAUAGUGAAAAGGGCAAAUGAAAAAUUGAGCUUUCUGUGAAAAGCUUGUAUUAAAUUAUAUAAAUACGAAGAUUAUUUGUGUAAGACAAACUUGACAUGAUAUAUAAAAUUUAUUUAUAUAAUGUGAAUAUAUAAACCAAUUUUACGAUUGGUUGCUGUGAUGAUUAAAGGGAUCAUUAUUAAUAAAUUAUUAGCUUGAAAAAAAAAA